CUGCGCCGGCUGCGCGCACCUGGUGCUCGGCAUCGACGAGCUGGAGCACCAGCUGCGCGAGAAGCGCCAGCUGCUGGAGCGGCGCCACGCGCAGCCCGAGAUGCUCGUCGCGGUCGACGUGGCGGAGCGCGCGACUGAGGCCACCGGACGAAAGCCGGUGCGAUCGACGAGAACCGUCAAGCCCGUACAGUCGGCAUCCGAGUCAGAGGACGACCCCGACGCGCCGGCGUCGGCAGCGCCUCCCGCGGCGGCCGCCGCAGACUGCAGUUCGGAGCCGCGCCGCCGGGCGGAGCUGCUGCGCCGCAGCCUGCAGUCGCUCGCCGUCGACCGCAGUCAGGAGCUGCCGUUCCAGUGCCGUGUCUGCGAGCGGCGGCUGCGCGACCGCACGACGGCCGUGCGCCACGUGAUGUCGCAUCUGGCCGAGCGGCCGUUCGUCUGCCCGCACUGCUCGCGCGGCUUCGUGCGGCGCGCCUACCUGCAGACGCACCUGCGCCAGCACAGCGGCGAGCGUCCCUUCGCCUGCCACUGCGGCUACGCGGCCACCUCGCGCGGCGCGCUGGUCGCCCACCACAAGGCGCACACGGAGGGGAAGCCGGUGCGCUGCGCCCAGUGCGGCAAGGGCUUCCGCAAGCGGAGCGAUCUGGUCAUCCACCAGCGCGUGCACACGGGUGAGCGGCCGUUCCGCUGCGCCGUCUGCCCGCGCGCCUUCGCCAGCGUCAGCAGCCUCAACUACCAUGCCAAGGAGCACGCGGGCGGCGGCGGGCGCGGCGGCGCGCGCUGCGAACGCUGCGCGAAGUGGUUCGCCGACGCGGCGAGUCUGCGCGCGCACCGGCUGGCGCACGGCACCAAGCCGUUCUGCUGCGACCAGUGCGGCAUGCAGUUCACGCGCUCGGCCGCGCUGCGGCGCCACCAGUCGCGCCACGGCGUCGCGCCCGCCUUCCGCUGCGGCGAGUGUCGGCUGCCGUGCCGCUCGGCGGCGGCGCUACGCAACCACGCGCGCGUGCACACGGGCGAGCGGCCGUUUGCGUGCGACGAGUGCGGCCGCCGUUUCGCGCUGCAGAGCACGCUGACCACGCACAGCCGACGGCACACGGGCGAGCGGCCGUUCCAGUGCGAGUUCUGCCCGCGCGCCUUCGCGCAGGCCACGCCGCUCAAGCGGCACCGCAAGACCCUGGUGACCAUGAUGGAGGUGUUCACGCCGCAGCCGGAGGAGCGGGGCGGCGUGUUCCACGAGAUGCAGCCGCUGCAGGGCACGCAGCGGUGCCCGCUGUGCGCGGCAGAGACCACCACCAAGGAGCUGAUGGACGAGCACAUGAAGGGACACCUCGAGGACCUCGACUCGCGGGCAAAGGCGACGCUGCCAGCGCUCGACGCCGCCUGGGAGUGA